CACAGCUUUAACCCUAGGACAUUUUCUCAAAGGAGCACCCAAUCUGGCCAUACCUGAGCCAGGCGUGGAGUCGCUAUCCUUAUUAAACAGAUGGGAACGAAUUAAAAUUCUCCAUCAUGAUUUCAGCCGCCGAUGGAAGGAAGACUACAUAACGGACCUUCACAAGAAAUACUGGUGGAAAACUGAAGAAAAGGCACCAAAGCUUGGAGACUGCGUCCUUAUACAAGAUGAUUGUCUCCCUACUACGGAAUGGCGACUCGGCCGCAUAAAACAACUUCAUACGGCUCCGACGGUCAUGUUCGAGUAGUUGAUCUCCGCACUCAAACCGGAACGCUAACCAGACCGCUCGUCAAAUUAUGCUUUCUACCAACCGCCGAAGAUAAAGAAACGUAAAACCGAAACCGCAAUGUUAAUAAAUCAAUAAAUCGUUAAAACAUAUAAACCGCUUACCAAAUCGAAACCUCGAAUAAUAUAAAUGACAUAAAAGACGUAACAUAAAUGUCUGAUAAAAAAAAUUAUUGUAAAUUUCACAAUAUAUUACAAAUAUCAUCAUUUCUCUCACAGAGUAAUAUGGACGUAGAUAUGGCAUCAUCGUCAACGCCAACCAUGCGUUGGGCAGUUUCCGCCCCUCGCUCAGAAGCUGCCCCAAUAGCAGCACCCCGGACCAACACUGCACCGGCAGCGCCUCGAACAACGACAGUCUCCACCGCGACAACGGCUCCGCGUCAAAGCUCGCCAGCAUUGCCAACGGAUCUGCAACGAAUUCGUUGUCCACUAUGCCGCCGCCCGCAUCGGCUAUCGCACCGCGGUAUCUUCAAAGGCAUACCGCCGAUGCAACGCCAGCAGGUGGCACAGGCGCACGGGUAUUGCCUGAAUUGUCUGGCAACUUCCCACGCAACUCAGGAGUGCCCAUCACAUAAUCGUUGCCAAAUUUGUGUGCGGGGUCAUCAUACGCUGCUGCACCGCAUUACCAGAAGCGACUCCAGGCGCCCACCGGCUCCUCGCACCAGUGGUAACGUCAGGCGUUCUCAAAGGACUCCUGUGACGGCAUACCGCCGGCGCGGACCCUCUCUAGCAGAAUCCCGUCCCUGGCGCCAAAACCGGGCAACAUCAACACGACGCCAUCAGCUUAGGCCGCAAUCCCGCCGGUCAACAGGUCUCAGCAGCGUUGUAGCUACGCUACAGCAGCUACAGCGGCUUCUAGGCUAAAUACUCGCCUAGGGGGGCCGGGAUGGCUAAAUGAGUAGCAACGUCGUAUCACAUUUGCAUCAAUUCACCACAUCGAAUCUACCAUUCACCUCAUCACGCGAGAGAACACCACACAUUAGCACACAUACACGCACAUGCACCCAAACGCGAUAACAUUCUACAAUCUAAUUAGAAAAAAAGGGAAAGAAAAAGGAUCUCGCGCAUCUUUGUUCGUUACGACGUCGAUCGAUCAACAUCUCCGCUUUUCGCAGCAUAGCGGCAUCCCGGUUCCAUUUCGCUACCCGCCUUUAUAUAUUUAUUUAAAGUUUUUCAAUUUAUAUGAAAGUCGUUUUAUAAUAACUUUCAACAUUGUAUAUAUAUAUUAGGGUGUGUCAUUCUGAGGCAACCUUUUUUUUCAACUGAAAAACAGGCUAAAAACUUUCGAAAAUGUGAAAAAAGUCACACAAAAGAUGAGCUCUUAAUAUUAAUAUUAAGAGGUGCCUAUUUCAAAUUUUCUGUUUU